CCUCACUCCUACCAUGCAAAACCACAUUCAAUUCUCUCUCUUCGUUUUGAAUGCUUCCGUCUUAGAAUAAUAUUUUCUUCAGGGUCUAACUUUGAACACACUUCAUGUGUAUGAAACCAAGGACCCUCUUCUUAUAUAACACAUGAGACAUGACAUAUCUAUGUUUCUCUAUAAAUAUAUGUUGUACAAGAACAAACCCUCUUGAACAAGGCCCUUCUAUAUAUUUCUUAUCACAAUUCAUUCACCCUUACAAUUACAACAACAGUUUUAUUGGUUUCUUUGCAUAUGCUAGAGAUGGUGUUGGGAUGGAGAAGAAGGAAGGGCAACAAAGGUGGGAAGCCCAAGAUGGAGUUGGUGAUUCCAAACCACUUCAGGUGUCCAAUUUCUCUUGAUUUGAUGAAGGAUCCUGUGACAUUGUCAACUGGCAUCACAUAUGAUAGAGAGAGUGUGGAGAGGUGGUUUCAUGAAGGGAACAUCACUUGUCCAGUUACCAACCAAGUUGUGAGGAACUUUGACAUGAUUCCAAAUCAUUCCCUCAGGAUCAUGAUUCAAGAUUGGUGUGUGGAGAAUAGGCAACAUGGUGUGGAGAGAAUUCCAACUCCAAGGAUACCAGUUACCCCAAUUGAGGUUGCUGAUCUUCUCAUGCAGGUGAAGGCCUCAUCAAGGGGUUUGGACCAACAUGGUUGCCUUGAGUUGGUGCACAAAAUGGAGAAAUGGGGUGGUGAGAGUGAGAGGAACAAGAGGUGCAUAGUGGACAAUGGUGCACCUGUGACCCUAGCUUGUGCCUUUGAUGCCUUUGCAAAUGACUCAGUGGAGAGGAAUGUGGUGGUUCUUGAGGAGAUUCUGUCAUCACUCAAUUGGAUGUUUCCACUUCAAUUGGAGGCACACAAGUGUUUGGGGUCCUUGGCUUCUUUGAGAUGCAUGGUUUGGUUCUUGAAGCACCAAGAUCUCUCAGGGAAAGAGAAGUCCAUUGUGGCAUUGAAAGAGCUUCUUUCCUUUGGUGAUGAGCACCAUGUGGAGGCCCUGUCACAAAUUGAAGGGGUCAAUGAGCUUUUGGUGGAGUUCAUCAACAAGAGGGUUAGUCCAACCAUCACAAAGUCAUCAUUGAGGGUGGUUUGGUACUUGGUUUCCUCCUCUUCCAAUUCAAGUGAGAGGAUCAAGUUACGUUUUGUUGAAUUGGGUUUGGUUUCUUCUUUGCUUGACAUUCUCAUUGACUCUGACAAGAGCAUGUGUGAGAAGGCUUUGGCCAUUUUGGACUCUCUAUGCAGCAUUGAAGAAGGGAGAAACAAGGCGUGUGGGAAUGACCUCACAAUUCCUCUUUUGGUGAAGAAAAUUCUGAGAGUUUCACCAUUGACCACAGAACAUUCUGUUUCUGCCAUAUGGAAGCUGUGCAAGUUUGGAGAAAAAGAUGAAGGGAGGACCCUUGUUGAGGCCCUUCAAGUUGGUGCAUUUCAGAAACUCUUGUUGGUGUUGCAAGUUGGAUGUGGUGAUGAGACCAAGGAAAAAGCAACUGAGCUUCUCAAAUUGUUGAAUCCUUAUAGGGCUGAAUUGGAAUGCAUAGACUCAGAUUACAAGAAUGUUAAGAGAUCAUUUUAACUUUAUUGUUUUUCAAUUAAUUGAUUAGAAGUUUUGUGCUGCAUUAUGUGUACAUUUUUUUGGCCAGUCCAAUGGAUCUCUGCAAAUAGAUAGCUAGGGAACAAGUAGGAUUUCAUUCUUUUUGUAUAUUUCAAUACGUGUGAGAAUGACAUUUUGGUAUCUUAGAACAAUUUGUGCCUGUACUUUAUUUAUUCUAUGAUAAUGAAUACUUUUACAU